AUGAGAUCUGCUGCCGUCCUGUUGUUCAUCGCCUCCCCCCUCGCCGCAUCGGCUUUCAUCGUGGGGGCUUACGAGACCGUCAAAGAUUGCCAGGAAGCCUGCCCUGCAUCUUGUGAUAGCUAUACUUAUGAUUUCCUAAACUGCACCAUCAGCACCGACAGCUGGAACCCUCACAGUUACUGCAACUGCAAAGAGAGACCUGCGAAGAAAAGAUCUUCAAGAAAAUAG